AUGUUACAAGAAAACCCUAACUUGGCUGUCCAACUGGAUUUCACCUUGCAAGAACAUCAAUUAGCACGCCAGCAGCUUGUCGAUGGAGGAUUCACCGAUGAUCAAGUGGCCCAUUCACUAGCAGCGUUAUGGACAUUAGCUAACAAUGCAGACAAGGAAUGAUGGAACCUCAGGCAGGAGCGCUUGCAAGAAGCAAGAGAGUGGGAAGAGGAGGAAGAAGAGCAAUGCCAACAAGUGCGCCAAGAAGAGGCAGAGGCAGCACGUCUAGAGGACAGAAAAAAGAACAAGAAUAAGUAUGCGCCACUUGUGCACAGAAAAGUUCCCUCUGACCCUACCAUAUUACCGGCUUAAUACGCCACGCGAAAGCUCAGAGCCGGAGAUUAUUGUGAGCUUCACUAUUUCAUGAACAGAGGCUUAGAGGACGCCAAACUGGCCACUCUAGUAGCAGAACCAGAUGCUAUGGUUAUGCUUCCUUCCUCGGAAGGGCUACAUUUGUGGAUCCCGGCUGCAGCAGUCAAGGAUCCAAAGGCAGUGCCAAUCGUUAGAGAUGAGCACCUCUCCUGGGAGGAGUUUAAUGAAGCUGCACCUCGCAUGGUCACCUCGAUGCGACAACAUGACUGGCCUGAGGAGAGAGUCGAAAUGCACAUACAAUUUUGGUAUGCCCUUCAGGCACACAGAUAGCGACACUCUCCGGACCUG